AUGUGGCUGUUUCUGGUACUAGGAUGCCUGAUGCUACAUGCUAUAAAUGCUGAAGAAUUCAGAAUCAAGAGACAUCUGAAUCCUCAAGAAUUCAUGUCUGUUGAUGAAAUAAUCCAAUACUGGAAUUACCCCAGUGAAGAAUAUGAAAUACUAACAGAUGAUGGCUACUACCUGCAGAUAAACAGAAUUCCUUAUGGAAUAAAUGGUCCUGGGAAUAAAGGGGAUAAUGGGACUAAGCUUACUGUGCUAUUGCAACAUGGUUUAUCACUUGAAGGUAGAUCCUGGAUUGCAAAUCUUCCCAGCAAUAGCCUGGGAUUUGUUCUUGCAGAUGCUGGCUAUGAUGUCUGGAUACUAAAUAGCAGGGGAACCACCUGGUCUAGAAGACACCAGAACCUUUCAACUUAUGAAGAAGAAUUUUGGAAUUUCAGUUUUCAUGAAAUGGGGAUGUAUGAUGUUCCAGCAGCAAUAAACUUCAUCCUGCAGGAAACUGAGCGAGAUGGAUUAUGUUACAUUGGCCAUGGACAGGGUGGUUCAUUAGGUCUGAUUGCCUUUUCAGCCAUGCCAGAGAUUGCUCAAAAAGUCAAGCUCUUCAUUGCAUUAGCUCCUUCGUACAGCCUGGUGAACAGCAAGGGGCUUGCUUAUGAACUCUUUGUAAUGCCUGAAAAUUUCAGAAGAAUUAUAUGGGGAAAUAAAGAAUACUCACUUUUGAGUAAUACUAUGAAAACAUUCACUGCCAAGGCAUGCAGCUAUGCAGUGAUAGACAGACUUUGUCUCUUCUCAAUUUUCCUCAGUUAUGGAUUUAAUGAGAAAAAUCUAAAUGUGAGUCAAGCAGAUUCAUAUCUUGGAAUCUAUCCUGAUUUUACUUCAGUAAAAACAGUAUCUCAUUGGGGACAGAUUGCAAGAUCAAACAAAUUUAAAUAUUUCAACUAUGGAUCCAAGAAUAAAGCUGUAUACAACACAACCACUCCACCAUUUUACAGAAUAGAAGAUAUGACUGUGCCAACAGCUGUAUGGAGUGGUGGGAAGGACAUUGCUAUAAACAAAACUGAUACAGAACUGUUGCUCCAUCGAAUGUCUCACUUAGUUUUCUAUAAGAAUAUUCCUGACUGGGAACAUAUGGAUUAUAUCUUUGGCCUUGAUGCUCCAGUGCGCCUAUAUCCAGAUAUACUUGCUUUGUUGCAGAAGUACAAAUAAAAUCUUAAUUUGAAGUGUAAAUUGCA